CGUUCGCUGGACGGUCGUCUACAAGUGGCUGGCCGAAAAGGUGUACCUCACGUUGUCUACGCUCGAAUAUGGCGCUGGCCCAACGUCAGCAAGAACGAACUAGUGGAGGCCACUCAUCCGUUCAGGGCAGUCCGGCAGCUAUUCAAAACUAUGACCUCAACCAAGUCCAGCUACCUACAGUACCAU